AUGGUUGUACCAGUCCCAAAGUUGCUCCCUGUCACAGGAACAUUCGCUCCAGCAUUCGUCGUGUACUAUGUCUUGCUCAAUCUCCGCGUCACUGUCCUUCGCUUCUCAGAGAGGACGUCCCUAGGCGACAAUUCGAAGACUGCUGAUGGUGAAGGAAAGACCGCGAAUACAGGCCCUUGCAAUCUUCUUGUCGCAUGCCGUGCUCAGAGCAACUUUGCAGACAAUGUGCCGUUUGCAUUGCUCGCGGCAGCCUUCGCCGAGUUGAAUGGAGCAAACCGUCGGGUUUUGACCGGAUCUUUGGCAGCUCUCCUCUUCUUCCGAAUUAUUCACGUUGAGUUUGGACUCAAGAAUCCAAACGCCCUCGGCUUGGGGCGAAAGGUGGGAUAUCUGGGAACACUUGGUUUCCUGACUGGUAUGAGCUCAUACGCUGCGUAUCUGGCCAAGAGCUACUGGGGCUUCUAA